GCGCACCGUAGAUGUUGAGGGAGUGCCCACCGGCUGGGGCUUCGCAGUCCGAACGUUACCAAACUGGAGCGAAGGCGGCGGGAGAACAGGUCUCGGAAAACCAUGGCUGCUGCUAAGGGAAUGGCCAUCGGCAUCGACCUGGGCACCACGUACUCGUGCGUGGGGGUCUUCCAGCACGGCAAGGUGGAGAUCAUCGCCAACGACCAGGGCAACCGCACCACCCCCAGCUACGUGGCCUUCACCGACACCGAGCGGCUCAUCGGGGACGCGGCCAAGAACCAGGUGGCCAUGAAUCCUCAGAAUACUGUCUUUGAUGCCAAACGCCUGAUUGGCAGAAAAUUUAAUGAUCCUGUAGUACAAUCAGAUAUGAAACUAUGGCCUUUUCAAGUAAUCAAUGAAGGAAGCAAGCCCAAAGUAUUGGUAUCCUACAAAGGGGAAAAAAAGGCUUUCUACCCGGAAGAAAUCUCCUCUAUGGUGCUGACUAAGAUGAAGGAGACUGCUGAGGCCUUCUUGGGCCAUCCCAUCACCAACGCUGUGAUCACCGUGCCGGCCUAUUUCAACGACUCUCAACGCCAGGCCACCAAGGACGCAGGCGUGAUUGCAGGUCUCAAUGUGCUAAGAAUAAUCAAUGAACCAACAGCUGCUGCCAUUGCCUAUGGCUUAGAUAAAGCAGGUCAGGGAGAGCGACAGGUCCUGAUCUUUGAUCUGGGUGGAGGCACCUUUGAUGUGUCCAUCCUGACCAUAGAUGAUGGGAUUUUCGAGGUGAAGGCCACGGCCGGGGACACCCACCUGGGCGGGGAGGACUUUGACAACAGGCUGGUGAACCACUUCGUGGAGGAGUUCAAGCGGAAGCACAAGAAGGACAUCAGCCAGAACAAGCGAGCCGUGCGGCGCCUGCGCACCGCCUGCGAGAGGGCCAAGAGGACCCUGUCGUCCAGCACGCAGGCCAACUUGGAAAUUGAUUCACUUUAUGAGGGCAUCGACUUCUACACGUCCAUCACCAGAGCCCGCUUUGAAGAGCUGUGUGCGGACCUGUUCCGGGGCACGCUGGAGCCCGUGGAGAAGGCUCUUCGGGACGCCAAGAUAGAUAAGGCGAAAAUCCAUGACAUUGUUUUAGUGGGGGGCUCCACCCGCAUCCCCAAGGUGCAGAAGCUGCUGCAGGACUACUUCAAUGGGCGCGACCUCAACAAGAGCAUCAACCCGGACGAGGCGGUGGCCUACGGGGCGGCAGUGCAGGCCGCCAUCCUGAUGGGGGACAAGUCUGAGAACGUGCAGGACCUGCUGCUGCUGGACGUGGCGCCCCUGUCGCUGGGGCUGGAGACAGCCGGGGGCGUGAUGACCGUCCUGAUCAAGCGCAACUCCACCAUCCCCACCAAGCAGACGCAGAUCUUCACCACCUACUCGGACAACCAGCCCGGGGUGCUGAUCCAGGUGUUCGAGGGCGAGAGGGCCAUGACGAGGGACAACAACCUGCUGGGGCGCUUUGACCUGACUGGCAUCCCUCCUGCACCCAGGGGAGUUCCUCAGAUCGAAGUGACAUUUGACAUCGAUGCCAAUGGUAUUCUUAAUGUAACAGCCACGGACAAGAGCACCGGCAAGGCCAACAAGAUCACCAUCACCAACGACAAGGGCCGCCUGAGCAAGGAGGACAUCGAGCGCAUGGUUCUGGAUGCUGAGAAAUAUAAAGCUGAAGAUGAGAUCCAGAGAGAGAAAAUUGGUGCAAAAAAUGCCUUAGAAUCCUAUGCUUUUAACAUGAAGAGUGCUGUGAGUGAUGAAGGCUUGAAGGGUAAGAUUAGUGAGUCUGAUAAAAAGAAAAUUCUGGAUAAAUGCAACGAGGUCCUUUCGUGGCUGGAGGCCAAUCAACUGGCUGAGAAGGAUGAGUUUGAUCAUAAGAGAAAGGAACUGGAGCAAGUGUGUAACCCAGUCAUCACAAAACUCUACCAGGAGGGAUGCACUGGGCCGACCUGUGGAACAGGGUACACACCUGGGAGGGCUGCCACAGGCCCCACCAUUGAAGAAGUAGAUUAAUCUUAUCUGGAGCUGGAGGGUCCUAGGGUGCCCCCAGGUGAAUUCGUUCCCUUCAUCAUCAAACAUUGUUAUGACUCUUGAAUUGACUGGACCUGAGCCUAAGUUACCAUCGCUUUGGAAUUCUAAUGGCGGAGUCUCAUGGGCCAUCUUUUUACACUCCAAUGUCCCGUGUCUGACUUUGGAAUCAGACUCUUAGGAAAACUAGGCCCCUCUCUGAACCAAUGGAUGAAUCUGUCUGAUAUUUAGUUCCAGCCUCCCCAACUUUCUUCUUCCUGUGUGGAUGGUUGUCACUCAGUAAAUUUGUUCCUGAAACAAA